AUGUCUUCCUCCUCUUCUUCUUCAGAAAACGGAGAUUCCGGCGGUGGUUCUACCUUCGGCGCACGUAGAACCGGCGGCGUUUUCGAAGCCCCAUCUCCAUCUCGUCCUCGCUACGGCGCCAACGACGUCUGGCCUGAGCCUUUCCUCGAAUCUCUCGCCGUUCAAGUCGCCGUUGACGCUUCUUUAUCCUCCGGUCUCCUCUCCGCAGCACCGGCUCUUGCCAACGUUUUUCGGGUAUGCACCACGUGGCAGGCUGUAUCGCGUUCCGACCAUCUAUGGCAACUCUUAUGUCGCCAAGUUUGGACAAGAACAAGUUUAAUGCACGACACGUGGCGAGAAGAGUUUAUGUAUCGUCAUCGGACGGCUAGGAACUUCCGGACGCGUAAUAAUAUACACUUCACACUCAACUUUGAUCCGUCUGACGUGGACGAACCGGAUAGUCUCUCUUGCCGUUGCCUCACACUCUCCGAUCGCUAUUUAGCCGCCGGAUUUGCCGACGGAACCGUCCGGCUCUUUCUCUUGAACAACCGUCUCCACGUCAGAACUCUACGUCCUCCUCUACGUGACCGGUUUGGGAGAUUCUCUCGAGCGGUUUCAGGCAUCGUUAUCUCCGAUUCAAGACUAGUUUUCGCCACAAUGGACGGUGACAUCCACGUGGCGGCAAUGGAUGGCAUUGGGGGUCACACACGCACGGCUUACGCUGGAGAUAUAGUUAACGACGGCGCGUUGGUUGAUUUCACGGGCUGUGGACGUUACUGGGUCGGGCUAUUCGCUGGCGUCCCGGGUCGAGCUUUUCACAUUUGGGAUUGUAACAGCGAAGAGACAACGUUCGUCGGUGGUUCGUUAACCGAUCCAGAAGCUGUUAUGGGAUGGCACACGUUAACGGAGCUAACGACGUCUCUUGGCCGGCUUAGAAUCUCCGGUGGUGAGACGGCGGUGGCGUGUACACGGUGGAGGAUCAUGGUGAUCGACCUGAGAAACCAAGGAGUGAUCAUCGGAGAAGACGAGGAGCAACGGAGAGGACUUAUAGUGACUGGUUUUGACGCUAACGAUGAGGCGUACGUUAGAAUGGACGGUAGGGGUAACGCUAUCGUGCGCAGGACGAGGACGCAAGAGACGGUGUGUGAGUUUCGUGUGAGUGGAGCGGCGCAGAGAAGAGUGAUGGGGUGUGUUAAUAGACUUCACGCGCUAAUGUGCGCAGGAGGAGUGGUGCGCGUGUGGGAAGUAGAGAGAGGAGAGUAUGUGUACAGUUUUAGAGAGAGAGUAGGAGAAGUUGACGCUAUUGUUGCCGAUGAUAGACAUGUGGCGGUUGCUUCAUCUUCAUCGACGGGUGUGAGUACUAUACAUCUAUGGGAUUUCGGUGCACUGUAGCGUACCAGAUUAUAAAUUGAUUUUUUUUUUUUAGAAAAGAAGCAUUUUCUCUGAAAAAGCGAAACCCUAAACUUAGGUGUAUAUGGUAGGGUUUCUGAAAUUAAAUUAAUAGUGGAAAGUGACGGAGGGAAGAUGGUGACAGGAGGGUGAGAUUUACAAGGGAGAUUGAUUCUCUUCUCUUACAGAGUUUGACCAAAAGUAUGUUACUGUUUUUGUCUAAAACCAAACAAAGUGGACUUUUUCUCAUCGCUUUUUUUUUUCUGA